CCUCAUUAUACACUAACAACUUCUACAAGGCACGCUCUCGGCGCCGUACAUGUAUUAUGAUGGUCGAACAACUUAUAAUAUCAAUGGCUCUCUUAUAGCUCUAGCUCUUAUGGUCAUAGAGCUAAGUAAACAUAUCACCUAAGAAAGCAUGUUUCCUGCUAGGGAUAGCUUGGACAACCCGGGUAGGUAUCGUAGCCGAGGAACAAAGAGCUUUCUUGGCUGGAUUUAAUCUCGUGGUGUCGGUGGUAAGAUGUCCUCCCUUGCCAUGACGCAGAUGGAGCCGCCAGUCGAAUUAUAAAAUGGCUAGGUAGCCUCGCAUUUUGCUAGUUUGGUUGCUACCCUACCGCGUUCGUGCAAUUGGAUCUACUAGUCGCGUCUGUCGCAGUUUGACCUACCUCACUUAGCUAUCAAGAUGAAGGUGUCGGCUGCUCUGUGGUCGCUCAGCGCCAGCUUAGUCUGCGCGUCAUGGGUUCCUGCGUCGCAGCGGCUCGGGAGAGAUCUUGAACCGCGGUGGCAGAGAAGUGCAAAUCGUCGCCAGGAGAAUUCUACCACUUAUGGGUGGCCGUAUGGCCCCUUCAGAACGAAGGGUAGAGAUGUGGUUAAUAACCGUGACGAGGUAAUCACCUGGGCGGGUGUGAAUUGGCCUAUGAGCGGCGAGACUAUGAUUCCUGAGGGCUUGGAGUGGAAGUCUGCCGAGGAUAUCUUGACCGAUGUCUAUGGUGUUGGCUUCAACUUCAUCCGCAUGGGCUACGCGAUCGAAAUGGUCGACCAAAUCUACGACCGAGGCGGCGAAGAUGUACCCCUUGAAGUGGCUAUGAUAAUGGCUCUCGGGUACGAGAACGGUACAAAAGUGACCGAUCAAAUCAUCGACAAGAACCCAUCGUGGACACGCACAACGACCCGCUUCGAGAUCUGGUCUGACAUCACACGCAUCGCCAGUACCAAGGGUAUUUUCGUCCACCCAGACGUGCACGUCGGCAAAGCGCAAUGGUGCUGCAGCCACACCGACGGCAGCUCCUGGUUCGACGACGUGAACUUCAAGACCGCGAACUGGCUGCGCGGGCUCUCCUACGUAGCCAACUGGGCCAAGGGCCACAACAACGUUGUCUCCAUGUCCCUCCGCAACGAGCUGCGCGAGAGCUGGAACCGCACCGACCUGUACUAUAACUGGCAAACGCUCGUCGGCAACAUGAGCGCAGGCGCGGACGCCAUCUUCGAGGCGAACCCGGACCUGCUGAUCUCCUGGUCCGGCAUGCAGUACGACCAGGACCUAUCCGCGCUGACGACGAAGAAAAACAUUCUCACGGCGCCGUGCUACAAAUGCACCGCGAUCCGCGAUGCCGCGCGUAGGGAUCCCGUGUACUUCGACCUCGACGCCCAGCCGUGGGCCGACAAGAUCGUCUGGGAACUACAUCUGUACCCGAUGAGCGAGGACCUCGACACGGGGAACUGCGAGGUCAUCGAGGCGGGGCUGUACCGCAACGGGUUCAACGCCCUGGGCAUCGAUAAGCCCGCCGGGUGUGCUAUCACUAACGACUGUCCGACGGCGCAGCGGCUUACGCCGGUGAUUUUCUCGGAGUUUGGAAAUGCGCAGGAUAAGUCGUUGUAUGCUAGCACGGUGCAGAACUGCAUUCGCCAGUUCACGGAGAAGCAUGGCGUGAGCUGGAUGAUGUGGAGCUUGGCGGGGAGUUAUAGGAUUCGGAGCGGUGUUCAGGGGCUUGUGGAUACUUGGGGCUUGACGAAUGCGGAUUGGACUGGUUGGAGAGAUGCGGAGACUGUGACUGGGUAUUGGAUGCCUUGGGUGAAGAAUAUGAAGUUGGAUACGUGAGUGGGUUGGGAUUGAAAAAGGGAGGUGGUUAAUUGAGGAUAUUGGAGGUUCUGAAAUACUUAAUAGUAAUAUAAGAUGCUAUCAUGAC